AUGGACGACGACGGGGAGUUGAACACAUCCACGCCCGCCAUCAAUGCCAAGGGCGGCAAGCGGAAGCGCGUCACCGAGGACGACCAGGGCUACCGUCCCAAGGGGACCACGAGCCGGCCGACCAAGAAGAAGCGCAAGAGCGAGGGCGGCGCGGAGGGGACGCCGACCGUCCGCAAGUCCAAGAGCAGGGAGGCGCUGGCCGCGUCCGCCGAGGCGGAUUGA